UUCUGCACGAGAGAAGAGAGCCACUACAAGUGGAAGUGGCCAACAGGAUGUCUGAAGAUGAAGAAAAAGUGAGGUUACGACGACUAGAGCCAGCUAUCCAGAAAUUCACUAAGAUAGUGAUACCAACAGACCUGGAGAGGUUAAGAAAACACCAGAUAAACAUUGAGAAGUAUCAACGGUGCAGAAUUUGGGACAAGUUGCAUGAAGAGCACAUCAAUGCAGGGCGCACUGUUCAGCAACUGCGCUCCAAUAUCCGAGAAAUGGAAAAGCUUUGCUUGAAAGCCCACAGAGAUGAUCUGGCUCUUCUGAAGAGGAUGGUCGACCCUGUUAAGGAAUCAGCGGCGGUGGCCAUAGCAGAGUUUCUCCAGCUCCAUUUGGAGUCUGUUGAAGAACUCAAGAAACAAUUCAAUGAGGAAGAAGCUUUAUUACAGCCUUCUCUGACCAGAUCCACAACCGUUGGUGGAGCACUCCACACUACAGAGGCUGAAGCUGCUUCUCAGAGUCUGACUCAGAUAUAUGCCUUGCCUGAAAUUCCUCGAGACCAAAAUGCUGCUGAGUCCUGGGAUAACUUAGAAGCGGACUUAAUUGAACUUAGCCAUUUGGUCACUGAUUUCUCCCUCCUAGUGAAUUCUCAGCAGGAGAAGAUUGACAGCAUUGCAGACCAUGUCAACAGUGCCGCUGUGAAUGUUGAAGAGGGAACCAAAAACUUGGGGAAGGCUGCAAAAUACAAGCUGGCAGCUCUGCCUGUGGCAGGUGCACUCAUUGGAGGAGUGGUGGGGGGUCCCAUCGGCCUCCUUGCAGGCUUCAAAGUGGCAGGAAUUGCAGCUGCACUUGGUGGUGGGGUGUUGGGCUUCACAGGUGGAAAAUUGAUACAAAGAAGGAAACAGAAAAUGAUGGAGAAGCUCACUUCCAGCUGUCCAGAUCUCCCUAGCCAAAGUGACAAAAAAUGCAGUUAAAGCCCAAGCCUCCAACUGGUGCCAGUGCAUCCAUCCUAAGGAGCACCUUGCUGCUGUUGAAGGCUCAGCUGUUGGAACAGUGUCGGGAAGAGGCUCGCCAUGUCCAUGUGGUGUUGAACCACCAGUAUUGGAUGUAUUUGUUUGCUGGCUGUUAAUGGAGAUGUUAGAGGGGGAGGAUCCUGGGCUGAGGGUGUGUGAUGUCUGUCAGGUCCAGUUUAAAGACUGCCAAAGAGCAAACGUUCUGCCUGGAAAUGUGAAAACUGAACCUGUAACUCUAAGGAUCUAAGAAGUGUAGAAAUGUAUCGGGCACAUGAGAGUCAGUGUAUUUGUAGAUGAUUUCCUCCUAUAGGGAGAGACAGGUGAGUUGAGGAGUCUUUCUGUCUGGUAGGUAUGUUGUCACCUAACAAGGGGCACAGGUGAACUACUUCUGUACUUGGGGGCUGGUUGUACUUGGGCCAUCUAUAUUUUCUGGUGAAGGAAACCAAUACUAUAAAAUGGACAGAGAAGCCCA